GCGUGAAGUUUCCUGGAGGUGUUGGAGUCAGUCUACGCAGAAAUGUUGUAACCUUGUUUCCUGUGAACAAAUGAAGAAAGCCGGCGAGAAAAACUACAGUAACAAUUCAUUAUUAUUGUGACCAUACGUUUAAGUAAAUUUUUGAAACAUUAACUGUUAGAACAGACCAGCUAUGUUUUGUUCUGUGCAUAGCUAACUUACUUGCAAGCGACGGUAGUUUAGAGUUUUGCGUCCAAGUCUAAAAUGAAUAGCCGACAAUAGACUAGCCUACUUGGUAUGUGGCUAGAUUUAUUUUAUAUAGUGUCAGACGGCUCUGUAAGUUAGGUAAUGAUUGCUAGGUGCUAUUUUGCCAAAAAUGGAGAGUCGUGACUACCUCUUCAAAGUUUUGGUGAUUGGUAACGGUCACGUUGGAAAGACGUCAAUGGUAAAUCGGUAUGUAAAUGAGAAAUUUAACAAAAAUUACAAGAGUACUGUGGGAGUGGACUUUGCACUGAAAGUUCUGGCAUGGUCAGAUACAGAGACCAUCAGGCUGCAGCUGUGGGACAUAGCAGGCCAGGAGCGCUUCGCCUCCAUGACCAGGAUCUACUACAAAGAGGCGUCUGGCUGCAUCAUCAUGUUUGAUGUCACAGACUCCUCCAGCUUUCGCAGUGUGAGCAACUGGAAGGAAGAUCUCGACAGCAAGAUCAAGCUAGCAGGCGGGGGCCCUCUCCCCUGCAUUUUGCUUGCCAACAAGUGUGACCUGUCUCCGUGGGAUGUGUCUUUGAGCACCAUAGAGCAGUUCAGCAAGGCCAGUGGAUUCAUCGGCUGGAUGGAGACAUCGGUCAAAGACAAUAAGAACAUCAAUGAAUCUAUCAAGUUCCUGGUGGAGAGGAUGAUGGAGGUGAGCCAGCAGGGGGAAUCGUGGCCGGAGAUGGACGGGGGCCGAAUACAGCUGGGCUCUCCGAGCAGGGAGCCCAGCGAGAGGAGCUGCUGCUGAGGAGCUGCUUCCUGGAGCGACCCGCACAGCUCACAUUCUUUUCACACACAUUCCAGUCAGCUCGGUAUUUAGUCUAAGGUUCAAGGCUUUUGUUCAAGGCAGAAUGGCAGCACCCUACCUGCGAAACUACAACUUUGGAGCUGCAAACCCAGUUCCACACUUUGGAAAUGCUAAUUAUGCCUUAUCCAUGUAAGGGGCAUUGAAACGUGUGAUUGUGAUCGUUUUCCUUUCCUUCUUUUGAUAUUAUUCAUCGGGAACACACUAUUUUCUGAACCUGAUGGAAGUUUCUGUUGUUUUGAGAAAUUAUCAGAUUUUUUAUAGAACAAAUUGUAUUUGAGAAAGGGCCAUUAUGUAUUCUGUAGAAUUUGUUAUAUCCAGUUUUAAAGUUCAGAAGUCCUAAGCAGGCCUUAAGACUGGGGUUUUAGUGCAGUCAACUGCAGAAAUACUGGCACUGUGAAAAUGGGGAAGAAAGGCUGCAUAAAAUAACACUGAUCAUGCUAAAGUAUGUGUACUCAAACAAACUACUUUCAUGACAAUACAAAUGCUGAAGUGCACGUUGAGGACAAUGGCGAGGGAAGCAAAGGAGAUUCCAAGGAUGAACGUUCAGGAGCUGCACUGUUCUCAAGAUCAACCAUAAGCCACCUCCAUACCAACAGGCUCUUUGGAAGCAUUGCAUUAAGAAAGCCUUCACUGAGAGCAACCAACAAAUUCAAGGGUCAUGUGUUUGGACUUUUCCAAAUGUCAUUGGAUCAAUGGCUGGAACAAGGUCCCGUGGUCAGAUGAGACCAGAAUUGAACUUUUCGGCCAGGUAAACCGUCAGAAUUUGUGGUGUCCAGAGAUGCACUCAAGCGCGAGUACCGCAUUGCGACUGUCAGUGGUGCCGGACCAUUGAUGAUGAUGAUGAUGAUGAUGAUGAUGUUUUUCCUCCAUUGGCUUCUAAAGAUGAGCUGAAACCAGAGUUGAAACAACACUAGCUUCUGUGAUAUGAAGUAAAUGCGAGUGAAUCUAAUCUUCGGGGGAAUUUUUGGAGGGUGGGGAGUCGAAUUGACUGAUGUUAAAUGAGGAGGGGGAAGCAGAGGGGUAGCCUCUGGCUCUGGGGGAGAAUAAUGCCACUGCAUGGAAGGAUGUUGACUGGAGGGGAAGGGAAUAUUGACGGACAUCUGAUCGACAUACGCCCACCAGUACAUGGCGUGAAUAAAAAACUACAUUCAAAUCUUUUUCCAGGAAGUGGAUAGAAAAAAAAAAGCUUUGGUGUAGAAAUACGCAAGUAUUACAAUUUUAUUCAUUUUAUGGAAUGCAUACUUUAAGACGUGUUUCUAUGGUUCAGAAGAAUCGACUAAAUUGAGGAAAAAGUUCAUUUUGAUUUCAGCUCGUCUUUAAGACCCAUUCACAUUCAUGUUCUCAAACCUUAUCAAACCUUAACCUUAUACUUAUAGGAAAAGCCUCAGUGCUGUUAUCCUUGUCAGGGGAGGCUGCAGCAAGUAUUAAUCACAUGAGUGGCAAUAACGGCAAAUCCUAUUUUUGUUAUUUUGUGUCAUUGUCUUUGACACAGUGAAGUACACAGUGAAGUACAAUG